AGCUUGGGCUACCUGUUGGUAAAUCCGAGCCAGAUUUUCGUCAAAUUUCGGAAUCCGAAAUCGGAUUCGGAAAACGAGGCUCCGAAACCCCUAAAAUUUUGAAACAAAAACGAGACUUCGAGACCUUGCUGAGAUUCCGAGACUUUGUGAUUUUUGCGAGACUUGCGAGACGUCUCCUACGCGGGCCAUACACAAACAACAUGGCUACUGAGACGGACCCGCAUAACGUCAAUGAAAACGAUGUUUUGCUCCUGGAAAACCUUACCAAGUUCAUAACAUGCCCUUCUUGCAAGGAAACGAUGAAUGAUCCCGUCCUUUUGCCUUGCCUUGACUCGAUUUGCCGAUCUUGCUGUCAGAAAUCAGCUCAGAAACACGGAAAUAUGUGGAAUGUGCUUUGUCGACUUUGCGAUUCCCUUGUAGGCAUACCACAGACAAGCGAGCUGAAGACAAACUUCUUUGCUUGCAAUGUUAAGAAUUAUCUUAGAUGCUGUCUGGAUGAGAAUGAUGCUGUCAUCUGCUCGAAUUGCGAUGAAAACUCCGCUCUAGCAGAUGCUAGAUGUUUGGAUUGUAACGAGUUCUUAUGUCGCAUGUGCCUGGAAGCACAUCGGAGAAUAAAACUUACUCGGGAGCAUCAAGUAAUUUUCAUCAAUGAAGAAAAGCCUCUCAAGAUUUUCCAGUCCCUACAUGUUAACUUAGAAUGCUGGAAACAUAAAGACGAGAAGUUGUUGCUUCGAUAUUGUGCGAACUGCAAUGAGCCACUUUGUUUGAGUUGCGUUGUAGAACAUGCGAACUUACAACACAAAGUUGAGGAAUUUGGAGGGGGUGCCUUAGCAAGACGCCUUUUUAAAGUUAGAAAUAUAUUUGAUAAAUGCUUGGAAAUGCGUAAAGUUCUGUAUAUUAGCAUGGAAGGUGUUGAAGCCGAAAAAAAAGAACUAGAAAACCAAACACUGAACUGUAAGGAAGAAAUCAUUGAAGCAUCAAAAAAGAUAAUAGAAGCUGUUACAGCACGCCAAAAUUUACUUUUAAAUGAUCUUGAGUUGGUAUCAGAUUGCAAAAAGCAAGCACUAGAUUACAGGAUCAUGAAACAUCGCAAAGAGCUUUCCUCUAUCGAGAGAGUCAAAGUUUUUAUUGAUAAUGCUUUAGGCCAAGGGAAUUUGGUUGAGAGGCUGAGCGUCCUAAGGACAGUGGAAAAUAGAGUGAAAGAAAUAAAAGCAGGACACAUGAGCGCAGACUUUUUGUAUACGGGCAGUAAAACCAGAUAUUUAGAGUUUACUGACAAUUCUCAAUCUGACCGCCUCAAGACAAUGAUAGAGCAGUGGGGAAGAAUCGGCAAAGAGCCUGUGGUAAAUUCAGAAGGCACUACCCUAAUCAGUGAAUCUCCCCCGGACAGGAUUUUCACGCCAAGCCAAGUAGGGAGCUCACUCACAUCCAGUCAGCAUCAUCUAGACAGCAGCCAGGAUCCUAGUGUUCACACCCCACCCACAGUCAAAAGUUGCCAAAGCUCAAGGUAUAACAAAAGGGCCAUGGACCACACCCUAUGCCUUUUGAACAGUCAGCAAAGUACAGGGUGUGACCAGGAUUCCAUAGAACACACCCCAUGCUCAUUGAAUAGUCAGCAAAGUACAGGGUGUGGCAAGGAUACCAUAGACCACACCCCAUGCUCGUUGAACAGUCAGCAAAGUACAGGGUGUGACCAGGGUACCAUAGACCACACCCCAUGCUCGUUGAACAGUCAGCAAAGUACAGGGUGUGACCAGGAUACCAUAGAUCACACCCCAUGUUCAGUAAACAGCGAACAAAGUACAGGGUGUGACCAGGAUACCAUAGAUCACACCCUGUGUUCAGUUAACAGCCAACAAAAUACAGGGUGUGACCAGAAUAAAAUGGAACACACCCGAUGCUCAGUCAAUAGUCCAGAUUAUGCAGGGUGCUGUCCAGACACGUACAUAAACACCCCAUGCUUGCAUAAUUCAGGUUGCGACCAGGAAUUGGGUGUUUUGGGCUCUUCAUGCUCAGACAACAGUUAUACUCAGUUGUUGAGCAAGGAGAGCCAGUAUCACACACCAUGCUUAAUCGCAGAUAACAAUCCAUCUAUGAGAGAUGCUUCAACCCUCAAGUCUCAACUGGCUACAAUUAAUAGAUGUGUGGAUGAGCCAACAACUGCAGAUAGUGCAGAGUCAACUAUCACUGCAUGUGAACCAUGUCAUGUUGAGACCGCAUUUGAGCACCAAGACAGUGGACCAAAGAGAAAACGGAAGCAUCACAGUUCUGCAGGUUCUUUAAAAGAGGUGCUUAGUUUGGAGGAUAUUGCAAAUAUUGCAUCAAAUGGCAUUAGAGAUACCAGGAUUGAGCAGCGAGAUGAAAAAUGUGGUGAUGAAGAUAAAGAUAUGGUAGUUGUUUUUAAAAAAAAGAGAAAACGCAUAAUUGAUUACAACAUAGAUACUGACAAAGAGGAGGAGGACGAGAAUCAUUCUCUUAGCGAGGACACGUGCCAGACUGUGAAUUUGGACUCUAAGCGGACUAUAAGUGAUGAAAAAGACAAAAGGGGUGACCAGGAUCAGACUUACGGCGUGGUCCUCCCUUCAAGGCAACAACUGCAUGAGAUCCAUAUCAUCGGUUGCAAAGGUAGAAAUAGCGGCGAGUUCAACCUCCCAUUUGGUGCGGCGUUUGACAAGAAGGGAAACCGUUUGCUUGUCUGUGACAUGACAAAUCAAAGAAUCCAAGUCUUUAACCCCGAUGGAAAGUUUAUCAUGCAAUUUGGGAAAGUCAGCAAGAAAGCGAGAUUCUUCAAAAAUCCUGGCGCCAUUGCAGUGGGUCCUACAGGGGUCAUCUAUGUGGCCGACUGUGAUCACAACAAUAUCCAUUUAUUUGAUAAAAAGGGGGUGUUUCUGAGAAAGUUUGGCGAGAAAGGCAAAAAGAAGGGCCAGCUAAGAUGCCCCCUCGGUCUCGCUGUGUUAUCAAGCGGGAAUCUCCUUGUAGUGGACAAAGACAACGGGAGGUUACAGGUUUUUACCGAUACCGGAGCCUUUUUCAAGGUAUUUGCCAAGGAAUUAGAUCUACCCAGGUUUGUGGCAAUACACAAUGAGCGUGUUUAUGUCACGGAACCCAGGGAGUGCCGAGUCAGUGUGUUUGACUGUCAUGGCAAUCGUUUGUUCCGGUUCGGCCGCAAAGGAUGCGCAGAUGGAGAGUUGAAUGAGCCAACAGGCAUAGCCACGAAUAGCAAAGGUCACGUGAUCGUGUCGGAUCAUAGCAACCACCGAGUGCAAGUGUUCACAGCAGACGGGGCGUUUAUUACCAAGGUGGAGAAUCCAUCGACGGGCAAACCCAAGGGACAUUUUGAGCAGGCUGAAGGAGUUGCUGUGGAUCAAGAAGACCGCGUGUAUGUGUGUGAUACUGUGAACCACCGCAUUCAAGUCAUCCCACCAUUCUGGUUAUAGUAUUGUGCUAUCGAGGCAUACAGCACAGCCAUUUUAUUCAUCUAUUGAUGCAUACAACUGGCACAACCAUUUUAUUCAAGCAUUUUAUUCAUGUGGACUAGACAUUUUGGCUGUGGAAGUGACCCACCCAUCAGUCAUUUGAUAUUUCUGUUGAAGCAUGCAGGUAUAGAGUGGUUUUCAAAAACCCGUGAAAUACUAUUUAGUUUAUCUAGUACUAAUACACUGUAAUGUCUUUGUUCUCUUUUGUUCUGGCUUGGCUAUUACACUUUAACAAAUACAUUUUGUUGAACGGGAUGUUGAAAACCACUCUAUAGUUCUGUUGAAACUACAUACAGGUAUAUAGAUAUGUUGAAGCAUGCAGGUAUAUAGAAGCCACCCUAUUGUUUGAUCUGUUGUGGUAUAUACUUUUGUUGAAGAAUCCAUAAUCAUUUCACCACCCACCCAUUGUAAGGUUUUAAGAGCGUUUAGCCGAUGUCAGAAACACAAACAUUGCUAAAAUCACCAAAUGUAUACUUUGAUUUCAGAAUUCGAUGUAAGAAACGACACAAACAUUGCUAAAAUCACCAAAUGUAUACUUUGAUUUCAGAAUUCGAUGUAAGAAACGACACAAACAUUGCUAAAAUCACCAAAUGUAUACUUUGAUUUCAGAAUUCGAUGUAAGAAACGACACAAACAUU